CCUAAUAAAACACCGUAAAUUAUAACAAAACCGACCUAAGAAAACCCCCUCUCACUCGCUCCUUGUAUAUAUAUAAUAACACUGACAACACGCGACACCCGCACUGACGACGAUGGUAGUAAACGACAGGCCUCUAAAAAGACCAAAAAGAAACCGAGUCACCGCUAAUCUCUACGACUUCUUCACUUUCCCUGAAGCGGCCGUCGCCGAUGAGGAGAGGCCCUUUCGCGAUAACAUCAAGCACUUCCUGUCACGCCACGCGCGUGUUACCUACCCUCCCCCGCUUUUCCCCUGCUUGCUCACGUGGCAGAUCGUUUUUCGGGUCGGGGAUCUUGUUGAAGAGCCAGAUCUUUCGCCUGUUGUUGUUUUACUUGAUAUUGUCGAAGAGGAUGUUACUAGAACCACCACCGCCACCAGAUCUGCUUAUUGUAACCAGUGCCGAGUCAUUGGUUGGAGUGAGCAUCCAGUAUGCACAAAACGGUACCAUUUUAUGAUUAGAGCUACAAGCAGCAGCAGUAGUAGCAAGUGUACGAAAUGCAAUAAUUUGUUGGAUUUAUCAGAUUCAAGGUGCAAGUGGUGUCAUUCUGCGCCUAGUAGUGAUGAUAUUGAUGAAUGGAUAUGUUCACAAUUCGAAGAUAACUCCCAUCUAUUGCACGGUGUGGUUCACUCCAAUGGAUUUGGUCAUCUUCUUAGAGUCAAUGGAAGAGAAGGUGGUUCUGAUAUUCUUACUGGAUAUCAUAUCAUGGACUUUUGGGAUAGGCUUUGUGCAACGCUUCGUGUCAGGAAGGUAUCGGUGAUGGAUGUAUCAAGAAAAUACGGGAUAGAGUAUCGCUUGCUUUGUGCAAUCACCAAAGGCCAUUCAUGGUAUGGUGACUGGGGUUAUGAAUUUGGACGUGGAAGCUAUGCACUCACAUCAGAUUCUUAUAAUGAAGCAGUGAAAACUAUCUCAAAUGUGCCUCUGGCCCCGAUUUUAUUUCAGAGGCGAAGGCCUCGAACACAUUUGCAAGCUGUUAUUGCUUUUUACCAGUCCUUGUCAGACUUGGAAGUUUUAACUUUAAAAGACCUUUGUUCAUUUAUGUUGAGGUUGAUCCAUCAGACCAAUGAGUCUUUAUUGCCUAAAGCAACGCUAAAGAAGAUAAGAUCUAGCACUUCAAAUGUGUUGUGCGCAUGGACAAGGAAUGAUGUGGAAUGUGUUCAACAAGCUAUGAUAAGGGUGCUGGUGGCAGCAUCUGGUGAGAACAAUUGGGUGUCUAGGCAUGCUCUUAAAGGUGUCAUGUGCAAGAGAGCAUCACCGGAGCUUCUUGAUUAUUGCCUUAAAUACCUGGGAGGGAAAUUGGCAGCUAAUAGCAUGGUGGUUCAAGCCAGAUGCAAUCCUAAUACAUGCGAUGCUGAAUACAGGCUUGCACCACUUAGUUUCAUGCAUUGUGGAGAUAGAUUGGAUAAAGUAUAUCCGUCAAAAGAGGAUAUCAAGUGCGACCUGAAGUUUUUACUUGAUUCCUUGCUCGAUCGUGAAACUACAGUGAACUAUGGACCCCAUGUGACGAGAGAAAGUGUGAUUGAUGCUGCAACAAAGCUUCUUGACUGCAAACAAUUUGUGAAGGACUACAGACCUAAGAAAAUGGUUGUAAAUAAUCCAGUUUCCAUUAAUAUUAUGUGUCAUGUAGAACUUUCAGAGCAACCUAAAGAUGACCCAGCCAUACCACCAGAACUAAUUAUACUACCAUUAAAUGCUACUGUAGCUGAUCUGAAGCGCGAAGCCUCUAAAGCUUUUCAAGAAGUAUAUGCGAUGUUUAGGAGGUUUGAAGCUCAAGAACUGCCGGAGUAUGGGUGUUUAGAGGAUUCAGUUACUCUAAAGUUUCUUGUCGGAACAAGUGGGUCAGUUAAAAUCAAAGGGACGUGCCCAUCAAAACAAACACUAAGCCAUUUUAGAAUGGAAAGGGGAAUGGAGAGAUGGACAGUAGAUUGUCCUUGUGGGGCCAAGGAUGAUGAUGGUGAGAAGAUGUUGGCUUGCGAUACCUGUGGGGUGUGGCAGCACACAAGGUGCGCUGGGAUUGAUAACUCGGACACAAUCCCGUCAAUGUUUGUGUGUUUGAGAUGCAUGAAUGCACGCCGCAGGGAAUGUAAAAGGAAGGAGGAGGUACCUUGUCAAUCUAUAACAACAUCAUCCACUUGCAGAGGCGAGGCAGUGCCAACUGGAAGUGUUGUGGGAGUAACAUUUAGUGUUCCAUAGGCUCUGUAUAUAUAUCUUUUUGUAAAUACUAAUAGUGAAGCUUUUGUUUUUGUACCUUUUGUGGGGUGCUUACUGGGGCUGUAUUUUUGUAUUUCUGGCCCCCCUUAGAAAAAUAUAAUUUGCAUCUGAGCAUAUGGUAAGCACCCUCAUCGUCGGUCUUCUGGUGCAAUAUUUUAGUGCUUUUGAUAUUA